CCAUCUCGCUGGGCGGCUCGCGCUGCGUUCGCUGCUGUUGCUGUUGCUGCUUCGCUGCGCGGUGCAAAGCGGAGCGGAAGGCGAGGGUGGAGGAGCCGCAACGGGAGUGCAAGAUGAGUGAGCUCCGGCAGAGGCUGGGCCGGGAUGCCGACGGGCAGCAGCAGGACUCGGAGGGGAAGGAGUCAGAGUUUGAAAGCAAGCUGGAUGGAGAAACGGCGUCAGACAGCGAGUGCAAAUCAGAAGUUGCCCAAGCAGCGCCGGUGGAUGACACCCCAGAGGUCCUCAACAGGGCUCUCUCCAACCUGUCCUCCAGAUGGAAGAACUGGUGGGUGAGAGGCAUCCUGACUCUGGCGAUGAUCGUCUUUUUCUUCAUCAUCAUCUACCUGGGACCAAUGGUCUUGAUGAUGAUCGUGAUGUGUGUGCAGAUCAAGUGCUUCCAAGAGAUCAUCACCAUCGGUUACAACGUUUAUCACUCCUAUGAGCUGCCCUGGUUCAGAACCCUAAGUUGGUACUUCCUGCUCUGUGUGAACUACUUCUUUUAUGGGGAAACCGUGACGGAUUAUUUCUUCACUUUGGUCCAGAGGGAGGAGCCCUUGAGGAUCCUUAGCAAAUAUCACCGCUUCAUUUCCUUUGCCCUCUACUUAACAGGCUUCUGCAUGUUUGUUCUGAGCCUCGUCAAAAAGCAUUAUCGACUCCAAUUCUACAUGUUUGGCUGGACCCAUGUGACUUUGCUAAUAGUUGUUACCCAGUCCCACCUCAUCAUUCACAACCUGUUUGAAGGAAUGAUCUGGUUUAUCGUCCCAAUUUCCUGCGUCAUCUGCAACGACAUCAUGGCCUACAUGUUUGGCUUCUUCUUUGGACGCACUCCGCUGAUUAAGCUCUCCCCAAAGAAGACCUGGGAAGGCUUUAUCGGAGGGUUCUUUGCCACUGUGGUGUUCGGCCUGCUACUGUCGUAUGUGAUGUCUGGAUACAGAUGUUUCGUGUGCCCCGUGGAGUUUAACAACGACAGCAACAGCUUCACUGUGGACUGUGAGCCCCCCGAGCUCUUCCAGCUGCACGAAUACAACAUCCCCUUGGUGCUUCAGUCUGUCAUCGGCUGGAAAACAGUUCGGAUGUACCCCUUCCAGAUCCACAGCAUUGCACUCUCUACUUUCGCCUCUCUCAUCGGUCCCUUCGGAGGGUUUUUUGCCAGCGGAUUUAAAAGAGCUUUCAAGAUCAAGGACUUUGCCAACACCAUCCCAGGGCAUGGAGGCAUCAUGGAUCGGUUCGACUGCCAGUACUUGAUGGCCACCUUUGUGAAUGUCUACAUUGCAAGCUUUAUCAGGGGUCCUAAUCCGAGCAAGCUGAUCCAGCAGCUGCUAACUCUGCGACCGGAUCAGCAGGUGAACAUCUUCAACACGCUAAAGGCCCACCUGGUGGACAAGGGCAUGUUGGCUGGCUCUGAGGACGCAUAGGCGCCUGUGCUGUCAGGAUGGAACUGAGCACGGGCAAGCCCCCCCUCACCCCCCAGAGGAAACCCUCUCCCAGCUUGCCUGAUUUAGGACAGUAACCAAGCCUCAUGUCUCACACUUCCUUUUCCGUAUAAAAGGUUUGCAUUUGUGCAUUUUUUUUAAAAAGAAAUGUAUCUAUAUCUCUGUGGCGGUGGUUUUGAGCAAACAGAGGGCAGCUUUUAGCUGGGAAGGAACCGUGGCGCGGAAGGAGACGCUCAGCUGAUGGUUUCGGAAGGUGGUUUUACCCCUCAGAUCUGCCCGGUGGUUUUUCUUAUUCCCAGAUGUGUAUAGAAAGUCGUGCAAGGCUCGUUCUACUCUCAGAGCAGCGGCGUUUUUGUAGCGGGGAGAGGGAAGAGACAGGAAAGAGUGCCAAAUAGCGUGGGUUAAAAAAAGAAAGAAGGCAGGCAUGUUGAAUCAAAAUUACCUGGAUUAUGCACCCCUGUUCCACCAUCCUGGCUUCCUUAUCCAUGAGAUGGAUCCGGUGCUGCGUAUUGCAUUUGGCAAAUGCCCAGGUUCCUAAGUGCAGUGAAGUGAGCAGCUUUCCCCAAUCUGCGUCCCUGUUCACCACACAGACAUCCGGCAAUGUGGUGGUGCAGAGACCCAUCCUUAGUGCCAAGUGUAUAAUGUUGAGUGGGUUUUCAUAGGGGUGGGUUGGAGAUCUCGCCCUCCCCCCGGCCAGCCAAGAAAACUGGGAUCCAGGGGCACUUUGCUCACAGAAGCAGCUCGAGAGCCAAGAAGACUCAAGGACAGCUAUGCUGAAUGUCCCUAAAUGGCGCUUCUGCAAGGGGGUGGGGGCAAGGCCUGCCAUCCUGCCCUGGAAACAGCUGCCCUUGUCUCGCUUCCAUGCAGGGGAAAUCCCUGCCAGCAGGAGAAGCCGCUUCCUCUUGUAACCCAGUUUCCUGCGCAGAAAUGGAUGCAUGUUGCUGCCUGUCCUUGUGACGUUGCCCUAUUUCUUGCGUUGCUGGCAGAAAAGGAUGCAAAGUUCACCUGCUACUGUGCGGUUCUUGAUAAGCAGAGAAGAUCAGAGCAUUUAUCUUCAUGUUCCCGAAGCAGAGCAAACCAUUUGCCACAGAAAAAUUUGGAAGACCAUGAAGGCAAAUGCAUUUUUUUGUUUGUUUAGGUUUUAUUUCACAAAUCCUACUGAACUUUUUUGGGGGGUGUUUUUUUUUCCCUUUUUCUUUUUUUAAGCCUUCCUUCAUUUUGGAGGAAGAGCACCUGAAUAGAUGGAUAUGGAAGCAGGACAUUUGGCCUCCUGGGAACUUAAAGGGGUUGUAAAGGAGCGGAGGCUGGCCUGGGUGCCCAGCCAUUGCAGUGCCCAGCUCAUGCAGCUGUUUGAGUCCCUGCUGUUGUGAGGCUCCUGUUUAUCUUCUGUCCCCUCAAACACUCCCACUGGAGUCCCCGUUCCCAAGGCAGUGGUCCCACUUUCAGUUGCAGAAGGGGACUCAUAUGACUGAAAGCUCGUGCUUACAAAGGCAUUAUCAGGACUCAGAAAGCGAGAGGGUGAGAAUAAAGAUUCUGUUAGCUUUCCAUAUGAACGCACGUGGGUGUGUUUUGGGGUUUAUUUGUUUUGGGGUUUUUUUGGAAGGAGGAAAUUUCAACCACGUUGAGCCCCCCCACCACAGCCUGAAGUGGUCCAGCCUUGAUUCAGAUUGAUGUAUGCUUUGAGAUCUGGGCCUGAGUCACUGAGCAGCUGCUAGCUUAGGUACGAUGCCUGAUCUCUUUACGUGAUUCCACUUCAGGGUCCCCUUCGCCACCUGUGCUGUCACUUCCUCUCUGACAGAAGAGAGUGCGUGAGGAGCCCUUUGCGCUAGGCUGAUUAGCUUUUUUUUUUUAAAAAAAAAAAAGGUGUAUUUUUUGAAAGCUGCUCAUUUAUACUGUUUUGCUGCCUCUUCUGGUAUAUUCCCUGAUCCCAUCUGCCCCAAACGCUCUUGGAUUCAGAGUCCAGGCAUCUGAAACCACAUAGUGGGAGAAGCUUAUUGAGUUGAGGGGGGUUGCAGGGAAAGAUUUUUUGCCCCCCUCUUCCCGUUCCUCUGCUGUCAAGACACACACACCCCUCCCCAAAGGAAACAGUAUUUUUUCCUGACCUAACAAUCGCCUUUUAACCGCAGCUGACCCCUAAAUUGAACAUGCCUGCCAUUUUGAUGGGAAGUUUUGGGUUUUGAUACCUAAAAAAGGGUGUGUGUGUGUGUGUGUGUUUGAACUUACUCAGUGUUUUGACCUUGGGGGAAGCAGGACAGAAGCAGAAUGGGUAUGUGGGGCAACGAGUGGCCAUGCAACGGUAAUUAAUUAAUAAAGAAAAUUGGGGGAGGGGGCUCAAGGGGGGGUCCCUGUUUCAUUGAAAUGUCACUGACAUGCCCUGAUUCCAGCUAAAUUCAGUUGUUUGGUUGGUGGCCACAAUUCCUUGCAUCCUGCCUACCAAAGGGAACUGGAAAUGAACAGUUUAUCCUAGACUCCACACACACACACACACACACACACACACACACACACACACACACACACCUGCAGCAGCCAACAACACUUCUAAUAUAUAAGGCCCGUUGUGUGCACUCUGGAUAGUUGCGCACUGUUCUGGGAUUGCUUCUCAUGUCAGUGCAUUUCAGGUACUGGGUGGGUUCAGUGUCCCAGCAGUCCACACAUUCUUGCAAGAUUCAGUCUUGGGUAUAAGUCAAACAAAGUGUUGGUGUUUCUGUUGCAAAGGCACCACAGUUGCACCCCUGAGAACUGGCACUCAUUUAAAGUUACCCAGAAUAGGAAGGAUUCACAUCCUGGUUUUAGUCAUUAGAUGACAACAUUAUGGACAACUUUAAGUUCGAUACCUUUUUUUUUUAAUUUAAUGGCUUAUUAGUUUUCUCUUUGGGGGAGUUUAAAGACGGCCGUGACCCAUCCAUAUUAGAAAAGGGCUGCUCAGGGAUACAGAGCAUCAACACAGAAACAGCCGGUUCCUCCAAGGGGCUGAGGUGUAAGUGAGAGAGAGUCUCUCCUGCCCAAAGGGAAGCCUGUGGGUCUUAGUUCAGUUGCACACAGGUAGCAAAGGUAUGGGGAGCAGCAGGUAACAAAAGGCAGUUUGGUAUGCAGUGGAGUUGCGGUAGGGGUAGUUAGCGGUGCGGGUGUAUUUGCUGGUGAAAACCCCGAGUUGGCCUGGAGUUGAGCAGGAUUAGUUUGGGGUGCUGUAGCUGUUACUAAGAGGAGUGUGUGCUCCAUAUGCUAGGCCUAGUCCGGCCAAAGUGUGUCCUUUUCCAUGGUUGGCUGGCCUGAUUGCCUGGCACACAGCGCGCACGCACCAGUAAGCCAGGUGGAGCUGGAGGUGUGUUGCGCGUCACACCUGAGCCAGGUGACCUUGGCCCACCUCCCCACAAUCCCAGUGGUAGCUGGGCCAGCAUCAAGGGAGUCCUUGCACACCUCUCACGGGAUGGGGAAGGUGGAUCCAGAGGGGUUGUGUGAGGAAGCUGGAUAUCACAGGGGUUGGAGCUGGGUCCAAGUCCGGAUUCUGCAUUCUUUGGGGCUAAAGAGAGACACUGACACAAAGCAGUGUCUCUGGAGUGGAAGACAGGCACUCACUUGCGAGGCGGUUGUGAUGAUUUGAGUGGAGAUUUGGAAGGCUGGCUAUGUGGAGUUGGGGACAGAAGAACUGGGGAACACGGGUCAACUCACCCCCCCCCCCAUUUAAAAGACCCUUUGCUUAACGGGUACUGGUUGCUUAGCAGAAGUAUGAGAUUUAACGUUUCAGGAGCUCUAAGGCUGACGUCCUCCUAACUCCCCUCUGUUAUUUCAAAGAGGGGGUCCCAGGGCAUAUCUUUUGGGAUGUUCUGCCACAUGUAUCUGAGGGGGACUCCUUGCCCCGCUUGCUAGCAUGGGCUCCCAGAAGGAAGUGCUUCUACAUUCCUUAACUGCCUCUAGACUUGCCAAGUAUCAAAUCAGACUCUUAGCCAUCCCUUUCCAACCUUUCUCAGCCCCCCCCCCAAUUCUUUCUGGUAACAGCUCUGUAUGUUUGGAGGGGUAGCUUAGGUUGACAGAAAAGUCCCGCAUUCACAAUAUCUAAAGCUGGCAAUACAACCUUUGUGCUCAUCGGCAUGUCUGUAUCAAUGAGAACUUGUGAGCCCCUUUAAUGUCCCUGUGACAUCUUCCUCCACUCACAGACCCCACUCCCACCCCUGUUUUCCUUCUUCUGAUGGGGAUGUGCUUAUCCCCUCCACAAAUCCUCUGCUUUAUUUCUCUGUGCUUUUGUCUUUUACAGGAGGAAUGUUGGUGGUUGGUUUCUUUGGGGUUUUUUUUGCAGACACUUGUAGGCUUGCCUCUUUUUGGUUCAUUUGACUGUCAGAAUGUGAAAUAUUAUAUAAAGGUAUUUUAUCCUAUUUAUAUACGGUAAUAUUGUUAAAUAAAAAUGUAUCUAAACUGUU